CCUCAAGGGAAACCCCAACUUUCACAAUAGGCAUGUGGCCCUAAGCGCGGCGGUCACCAUGUUUGGUCGCAAGUUUUUCACCGUGUGCUCGCGGCUAAUCACCUGCUACCAGAUACUGGCCCGCAGGGAGGCGUAUCCGACAGAGGCGGUGGACGAAAUUGUCGCCCAUCUAGACUACCUGAAACGCGUCUGCCUAAACUGCUCGUCGGCAUCGAUCGCAGGCGGCGGCGGCGGCGGCUCCGAUGGACAAACCUUUGCUUACGAACCGGAGCGUUUUGUUUGCUAUGUGGAUACGGACGGGAUCAAGUACCACGACCCCUAUGGACUCGACGCAAAUUGUAUAUGUGAGCAAAUCAAUCAAACUUUGAGCGAGUGUUUGGGCAAGGAUUAUCUAACUCUGAGUGUAGAACCCGACGUGGAUCGAUUGUUGGUACUCACGUGCAAGAGUUAUGCAACAUUUUCGUUCCCGGCAAAAGUUACGCACACUGGCUACGAGCGAAACGUGAAUCCGGGUAUCAAGUACAUUUUAAACUCUGUCAUCAAAAUUAACCAGCUGUACAGGACGGCGGCGGACGCUCCCCCCGUGUACAUUUUGUUUGACAUUUUCCGGCACCUGGCAAUGAUGAACCAGGCGGUCAUGUUCGAGAGGGUCAAACUGAACAAGCACCAAAACGAGAGCAGCCUCAAGCGGUACAUUUGCUCAAUGACAAACGACUUUCGGGGUGACGUGGCCACCGUCAUGGUGCUCAAUGACGCAGACGUCGAGGAGGAUCGGUACAUGGCACACGCGGCGUGGCUAAACUCUGACCGCGCCCCUCGGAUCAACACGUUCAAGUUUAUACGCAAAAUAUUCCUAGUCAUUCUGCGGCUGAUAUUUAUCAAUGUGGAGGAGAUGAUGGGGUCACCGGUGGCCCACCUGCUGGUCAAAGAGACCAAGGACUCGUACGGCGGCAGCAUUUACAACAUGAACUGGGACCAGGCCAAGGUGCUGGGUAAAAUGGCCUUUAUCCUGUGCACGGAGGAGGUGUCCAUAGAAGGGGCCAAUUUAAAAUUUGUGACAAAGCACGAGGAAUUGUACGAUUACUGUCGCCAGGUAUAUGAGGAGUAUGCGCGCCGGACGAGCUACCCGCUAUCCAAAUGCCGGGACAUUACCAAGGAUGGGAUGGUGCCCAGGACCACCGAGAGUGGAUCGAAAUCUGUAAAUGUAUUCUUUCAGUUGUUUUCACAAUUUCAAUAAAUUAUUAUAAUAAAUCGUGUAUUUUUUUUCCACCCCCACCCAAUCCCGCCCACGUCUGGCGUGCCUACUCAAGCAUAAUUGAACAGAAUAUAUAUUACUAAUUAAUUCAUGUGCGAGAGGGGUUGCUGCCCUUUUUACUUCUGCUCAAACAUAAAUGUUUAGUAAAAAUGAGCUCGCGCGCGAGGACACCGCUC